AUGCUAGGUGAUCGAGAAUUGGUGCAGUCUGAUCGUGUAGAGAUGACUUUCCUCGAGGACACUGGAGUUGCUCGACUUGUGAUCCGAAAAGCCAGCCAACCUGACUCGGGUCAAUACACCUGCGUGGCUUCAGUAGAUGUGGUUGAACCAAAGACAGGGAGACGACUCUCGAAGACAAUCACUUCCAGCUCAUCUGUUAUUGUUGAAGCAACCCCUUCACACAGCUCUACGCUGCAAUUUAUCAAAGCAGUGGAAAUUAAGCUCAGGCAAGCAGAGGAGGAGCAUAUUAUAGAGUAA